AAACUCGACCAAUCGUUUUCGUUAGUUUCAUGUCAAUUGCCGCGAUAAAAAAACAUGGCGGACAAAUUGUAUGUUUUAUACCUUUGACGUUUCAGUCUAUGCCCUAUGGUUGGGCUUUAUCGUAUUUUAUCACAAGCUUUAAUAUAUUGAUGGAAAAAGCUUGGGCUGUUGUCUUUUAGAACGCAUCGAGUGAUACAAGUCUAAAUUAAAAUAUAAUAUAAAAUGCAAAUGUUCAAUGUUUAAAUUCAUGUUAAAAACUUUGAAAUAAGUGAAAGAAUAAGAAGAGAAGAGGUAAUAAAAAAGAAAAGAAAAGAAGAAAAAAAAUGAGAAAUACAAACAAUUAUUGCAUUCCGCAAUGAAUAGCGGUUAUGUUUUCCAAUGGAAAGUGGUUUAACGACAAUGGCGGGACUGUCUCCGUCGAAAAGGCGGUUACAGAAAGAAUUAAUGUCAUUAAUACGUGAACCACCACCUGGUGUUAGAGUAGAUGGUGAUUCAGCUGGACAAAAUUUGACGCAAUGGAUUGUACACAUGGAAGGUGCAAAGGGUACCUUAUACGAGGGUGAAAGAUUUCAAUUACAAUUUAAAUUCAGUUCGAAGUAUCCUUUUGAUUCACCAGAAGUAACAUUCAUUGGUAAUAUACCAGUUCAUCCACAUGUUUAUAGUAAUGGUCACAUUUGCUUAUCAAUUUUAACCGAUGAUUGGUCACCGGCACUCAGUGUGCAAAGCGUAUGCUUGAGCAUUGUGUCAAUGCUAAGUAGUUGCAAAGAAAAGAAAAGGCCACCGGAUAAUUCAUUCUAUGUUAAAACGUGUAAUAAAAAUCCAAAGAAGACUAAAUGGUGGUAUCACGAUGACAGUGUCUAAAGGCAUGGCUCAUACAAAAAUCUUCAAGUUGCACAUGUAUGGGUAUUAUUGGACCAAACGGAAAUAAAUGUUUCCUGUGUCUUAAAAAGGAACAUUUGACAAGUUUUACAAGUAAAUUGCUGGGAUUUUAAUACAUAGCUGAACAUGAUGUAGGUGCAUAAGCUAGAGAAAGUGAUGAUAACAGCUUUAUGACAUACUUACGAAUCGUAAUUAAAGUUAAAUGAAUAAAAAGAGAAGAAAGAAAGAAAGAAAGAAAAUAAUACUAUAGCAGUUCAAAGUAUGGAAGUCGAAUUAUUACAUUGUUAAUGUAUUACAUCUUACAAUUAGAUUUAAAAAAAGUGAAAAGAAAAAAGAAAAAGAAAAAAAAUAUGAAAUAUUAAAUUCAUAAUGCUAAGAGACAAACAGUUAAAGAUAAGGUUUAGAUAAAAGAACGGUAAAAUUUAUUAGUUUUUUUUUCUUUUUUUUUUUUUUUUUUUAAAUAGAAUAGAUCAAAUUUAUCUGUUAUUAAACAAUUAAGACGUAUUAGAUAAAAAAAGAUCUCUUAUUAUUAUGUAACAUUAAAACAAUCAUGGAUAUUAAUCGCACGAUAUAACUUCUUUGUUUAUUACAUUAACUCUCACGAUAAGAGUUGAAGCAUGGAAAGUAAUCGAUCGUUAGUUAUGUAUAAUCUACAAUUAUAAAGAAACAAAAAAAAAACAACAACAACAAAAGGUGUUAUUAACAUGAGUAAGAAGGAUACAGGUAUAGCACCGUUCAAAAUUUA